CUUAGCGAUAAUAUAAACAAAUAUUUUUUUCGCAAGUUGGCAAUACCUUGAUACAACAAAAAUAUGCAUCAUGUUUCGGUGAAAUAUCAUUAGUUAAAGCUAUAUAUGAAUUUUAACACUGACAGAAUGGGUGCGGCAAGUCAGAGACAUUUGAAUUCAAGUGGAAUAAUAAAUGAAAAACAAAAUUAUGCAUGCGUCCCAAUUUUUGGUGGAUCAAAUAACAAUUGCUCAGAAAAAUGCUGUCUCUCUUAUCGGCUUCAGUCACAUUGCAUUGAUAAUAGACAUUUCCAUGCAUGGAUUCAAAAAUAUGGACGUGCAUCCUGUUUGCAUAUCGUAGAUUUAACCCAUAAAAAGACGACUAAAACCUGGAUACAAGAUGAUUCAGAACUAGACUUUUUGCCAAGUAAAAUAGUCGGUAAUUCAGAAUUGCAAAUGUGCAAUGUAGUUGGAUUUCACAAAGACUUAGUAGUAACUCAAAUCUUUUGCCAAGGGGCUGUAAAGUUCAUUAUAACUGGCCUGAAAGAUAGUGAAUGCAAAAUAAUUUACAAUAAGCGAUACCUUCAACAACAAAAACUCCAACUAUAUUCAUGCUACAUUAGCCCCGAUGAAAAUUAUAUGGUUCUCCAUCAGAAUGCUAUAUAUGCAACAAUGUAUGCACAUGAAACAGAGAAUAUUGAGGGUGUUAUUUUAGUAAAACUUGACUGGAAAAAUAUGAAUGCUGAGACAAUUUCUUGUGAUAAUUUGAAUUUGCAUGUUUUGCCUUCAAAUCAUAAAUUUGCAAUUACUUUUGAUCCCAGAACGGAUAGUGACUUGACAGUGUUUACCUUCAUUGCAGGUGCUGACAGGUGCAAUAUAAGUUUGUACAAAAUAAAAAAGGAUAAUGUACUUUUUCAAAUAGCAUUGUUUAAAAAUGAGUUAUCCGAUUUACCAGGAAACUUCCAGAACCUUCAGUUUUUUCGAGAUGGCUCAGCUUUACUUUUGACAGUCUUGGGCAGUAACUGCUGCAUGCCUACUAUAAUCAGAAACCAUUUUGUUACUGCUCAUUUUCUUGAUCCAGUUUGUUACGACUUUUUAGGAGAUUUUAAAUACAUGUCUCUUACAAGUGUUGAACACUUUACGCCUAUGAUUUCUGCCAGUGGUCGACACUGCUUCUGUGGAGGAAAACUUUAUAAUGUGCAAAAAAUUAAACCAAAAUCAUAUUCUCUCAGAACACUAAAACAAUCAUGUUUAGACGUAAUUGCUGACUCAGUAUUGAUAGAAGAUUUAUGCCAAUUACCUCUUCCAAAGUCAUUAAUUGCAUGCCUUGAACAAGGCAAGAUUUAGUAUCAUACAAACCUAUGUUGUCAUAUGCAGACAACCUGAUAUAAAAUAUUGAAAAAGU